AUGCUCUCCUGACUCAUCGUCUGCUUCUGUGUUUGCAGGGCUGAGUGCUGCCAAGCUGCUAAAGGCCAGCGGGCUGAAUCCUGUGGUUCUGGAGGCCAGGGAUCGAGUCGGUGGUCGCACCUUCACUGUGCGGAACAAGGAGACCAAGUGGGUGGAUCUGGGCGGGGCCUAUGUCGGGCCCACCCAGAACCGGAUCCUGCGCCUGGCUAAGGAGUACGGCAUUAAGACCUACAAGGUCAACGAGCAGGAGCACCUUGUCCAUUACGUCAAUCCUUCGCUCUCUCACACUCUGAUACCUGGAUGGUGGAGCAGCUCUCUGAGGGACGGGGCAGGAGACAUCUGGACUCUGGGUGUGGUUCAGUCCCAGCUCCAGAGGUGGACUUUGUCCUGA